CACCAGUUGGAUCCGCGAGCGCGACGCGACCACUUGCUUUUUGCCAUCUUAUAUACUCUCCUCCGAUCGCGUGUACUUCAUAGCGGCUAAACAUAAUAGCUUUUCCUGCUGCUAACAGCAUGCCGCGGUCCAGCCGAUACCCACCGCUCCCACCCAUCUCCCCUGUCCAGUUGGCCCUAGUGAGUUCACCCCCGACCUACCAUACGACCCGUGCUUUGCCGAUGUCACCCGCGCACACGCGCUGCAUCCUCCUGGCCGCGGCUCGUCCGCGCUACCCCGUGCCCUACGUGGCCCUGAGCCCCCAACCGCGCAGCCUCUCCCUCGCCCUGAAGCUGGCCACGGCGCCCCGCGAGCCCGGCCCCCUCAGGCUCGCCCCGUCCCACCCCUGCCUCAUCCCCACACCAAAGUCCAAAACCCUGUCCCGCUGUCCGCCCCUCUCCUUCCGCAAGACCUGCCCGUGCCCGCUGUCCCGGCGCUGCGGCAACUGGAGACCCUCGCCCCCCAUGCCAAAGUUCUUCUCGCCGGCUUAUCCCCUGAUGCCCCGUUACGUGCCCGAGGUGCCCCAAGACAGGCUGGCCAGGGCCAUGCGCCCCGAGCCCCGGCCCGUGUUUCUCGGCCUCAGCCUCGAGAACCACGCGCUCAAGAGACGCGGCCCCACCACCUCCUCCUCGCGGCCCUACAGAGCUUGAUGCUUUUGCCGACCAUCUGUAAAGUGUAGUUUUUUUUUUUAUAUGUAUACAUUUGUGUGGCUCCGAUGUCGUGUGAUUUGUAAGAAAGAAUAAAUAGCUUCGGACUUUAGUUUAUCCGCACCCCCAAGAGCUUUUUCGCGUGCAUCAGUGAAUAGAAAAGAUAAGUGUGAUGUAUAUAUACCCUAAGCCAUCCUUGCAUGCAAUGGAUCCGCUAGCUUUGUAUAUAUAUACUAUAUUUAUAACGUAUAGAGAUUUUCACCCCCCGCACAAAAUACAAUAGCGAUAAAUAUGAUGAUGAUGAUGAUAAUAAUAAGGCCCGCGAGCUGCUGUACCUUGAUAAACACACACUCUCGGGCGCGGCCCUUCAGUUAUCGUCCUUGCCCCUGAGACCGCCCCAUCCUCGCUCGUCCGCUCCUCGUCCCGCGAAGCC